AUGAAUGGAUUAAAAAGAAAUGAGAAAAAUUGUUUGCUGUUGCAGCCUAUAAUGGUACUGAGGAUGUAUCAAUUAUUUAUUGCUUUCAUUAGAGACAUCAUUAAGUUGUAGAAAAUUUUAAAUUGCCAAUAGAAUUGUAGUUGAAUUUUUUAAUAUGUUAGAAUCAUUCUAGUAAGAAAAACCAUUAUAAGAAUUCAGUCUUUACUUAAAGCAUCAAUUAUAAUAGUUAAAUACCUAAAUAAUAUUGGGAUGCCAAUUUAAGUAUAUUACCAGCAAAAUUUAAGUAUGUAAUAUUAAAAGUAGGUAUGAAAUUAAAUCAAAUUUCUCAUAACUGCUGAAUUAAAAUUAUUUAAUAGAAAAUGGUAUUAAGUACCAAAUAUCAUUAUGAUUGAAUAAGUAAAAACAGAAAAAGGAUGCCAAAAAGAAAGGUAAACCAUUAUAUGCUGAUGAACCUGCAUAACCACCUCCUACAUUGAUACGAGAAAUAUAUGAAGUGAAUGUUACUGUUUAAGAUCACUUAGCAGAAUUUUAGAUAUGA